UGGAGAAUGUGAAGGAUGCUACAGAGGCCCGCAAUGCAAAAUUAUUUGAGAAGAGAAAACUCACAGUUUUGUUCUUGAAUUGGGGCAAAACUGUUGAUGAAUGGAAGCCAGACAAGGGAGUUGGAAGCCGAUUCUUGCAUUGGACUGUUGAUGCAUGGAACUCGUACAUGGGAGUUGGAAGCCGACGGAACUUUGUCAAUUCUGAGUUAGAUUUGAAUGUGCUUGAAAAUCUUAAACCAUACAAAAAUCUAAAGAGGUUGUCCCUAGCUUCAUACAAGGGUGUAAGCGGUGCAAAAUGGCUGUACAAUGCAGAUUUGAUCUCCAAUCUGGAGCACAUCUGUCUGAACGGGUGCUCGGAGUGGGAAACUCUUCCACCUUUUGGGCAGCUUCCCCACCUCAAGUCUCUGUACCUUUGUAACAUGCCAAAAGUAAAGCAGCUUGAUAAUAAAUUCAGAGGGAAUAACAAUAUUUGUGUGUUUCCAGCGCUGGAGGUUCUGCAUAUGGAGGGAUUACAAGUAUUGGAAGAUUGGUUUGAUGGAGCUGGUGCUGCAGCAGAUGACUGUUUCUUUCCUUGCUUAACGGAAGUCUUCCUUGUUAACUGCCCGAAUCUGCAGGAGUUGCCCUAUUUGCCUCCUAAGCUCAAGAAAAUGAAGAUACAAAACAUCGGAUGGAAGGCUGCUCUGAACUACAAGCAAGAAACCAACAACUGUUGCGGCUUUCAAAAUUGAUUCCCCUUGAAACAUUUCAGGUCCUUUCGUGUCCAGACCUCACAUCCCUUCUUUCUCUUGGUGGACUGCAACAAGUGGAGAG